UGUAGUCGGCGCAGCAGGUCGAUCGACGGGCCUCAUCCUAAACCUUAUCCCCAGGCCCAGUAUAUUACUAUUAGUAUUACUAGUAGUACUAAGUAUUAGUAGCAUUACCACCACGCCUGCGAGGGAUGUUGUUACUAACUCACUAACAGUGCCUGUCAGUGAGUUAGUGCAAACCUGACCAUCACCCAGCGGAGACUCACUUGAAAGCGUAAGCGCUAAGCGUAGAUCUACUGUUGGUUAGAACUUAGAAGUCGUUGAUGUCGACUGUAUGUUUGGCUUGAGGUCGGGGUGCGACGUCCGACUUGUUUCCCCGUCUUGAAUAGCAACAGCACUAAAGUCAAGAUCGUGACACUAUUUUGUAGCCUGUUCGGGUUCGGAUUGUGCGUGGAGGUAGCGUUAGUAAGAUACGUCCAGUUUUCCGUCAGCUGACGAUCGAGCUGUUGUAGAAGGGUGGAAAUCGCCUUCAACAUGACAACUGGUACUAGUGUGGACGGAGGCAACGAUGUCGACGACGUUCGCCCUCAGUCAUCUGCGGAAAUGGAGAACGAGGUCGCUGGCGGGCUGCGGCCUCCGACACCGGAUUUCUCCAUCUUCACGCCGGCGGAACGGCAGCACAUCGUCUCUGUUCUGAAGCGCUUGAAACAAGAAGAGGAAGCGGAGAUGCAGCGGCGACGAAAUGUACAGCAAGAGCUGGAUCGAACGUAUGCCAGUCCUGAUAGCGAAGACACCGAUUAUGUGGACGUUGCCACGACCUUUGAAGUCUGCGAAUCCUGCAACUUGGCUACAACAUGCCACGCAACACAGCAAGUGAACAGCGAGGAGACGAUCUACAUGUGCGCAGCAUGUAUGAAGCGUCGCAAAGGCCUCUCCGUGACUGGACGCUGGUACAAUGGCGUGGACAUGGAUGAAAUGCUCAACACCUGUAACCAGCUACUGGAGAAGGCAGGCGCACUCGAUCCCGCCGCGGUCGAGAAGCCAUCACCGUCGAAAGUCCGCACACCGUCACCAACAACAUCAGCUGCGGCUACUGUGGUUGACAACACGGAGAGAAACGCCGUGGUCGAGGAGCCUGAAGUGAUCGAGCCAGUGACCGCGGUCGAGGUUGAGCCUGUUCCGGAACCAGAAGCGGUGCCCAGCGAACCUGUGAAGGAUAGGGACGAAGUGGACGGAGGCCAACCAUCGGCAGUCGUGGCCGGCGCCGUGAUGACACCACUGGUUGCAGCCAUGCAGGAAAGGCCGGCAGAGCAAGAAGAUCCUGGUGAUAUCGGUGCAGCGAGUCAAGCAGACAAUGAGACUGAAGAGCCGGAGGACCCAGACACGCCUAUGGAGGAUGACUUCCAACUUGGUCCUGGACAAGUCAUGUCAGACACGGGAGGGUUUGAAGAAGUUGGCAAACUGCAAAUGGUUCUUCACCUCGGCGCGGAUGGUCCGGACAAGAUCGGCCUCAUUGUUGAUGUGAAGCGAGGAAUGGACCUUAGCCGCUGGCAAAAUGUGGGCAGCAAGCCGGGAUUCUCUAUCUACGUGAAGUGCUACCUGGUCUUUCCCAACAUGCCCGAGAAGAGUGUGAAGAUGAAGACCUCACUGGUACUGCCCAGUGCCAGUCCCACGUUUGAUGAUCAGAUGAUUCCGGUCAUGAGCAAGCAGAUGAUGAAGCGUGCACAGUACCUGCGGGUGCAACUUUGGGAGCACAAUGGCAAGCUGCGGAAGAACAUCGCCGUUGGUACCGCCUCCAUUGACAUUCAGAGCUUGGACCUGGAGAAUAAGGGUCCCAUCACCGGCGUUUACGCUCUCAUGAAGCCCGGCAAGGCCGUCUCGGGCGUGGUGAGCCCGUACGCUUCGCUGCGCGCCUCGCGCCAGCCGCCAGCCAGCGUUGAUGGUGGCAAUUCUAGCGCUCACCUCUCCACUCAGGUGGAUCCUCAGGAGCUGAGAGAACGUCUCGAGACGGUCUAGAGUGUCAGUAAAGAGAGCACGCAGGAUGACUGGAGAUACGCUAGCCAGCAAUCUUGAAUGACACCCACUGCAUGGAGCCGCGAUGAUAUUAUUGAUAACUCUAGGCUGUCCCGGCAUCGUAUCAAACUGCCGCGCACUGUAAAGCUGUGAAAUUCAGUGAGGUGGAGAGGAACUGAAUCGCCAUGGCCUCUGCUCCUAGUACGCAUUUACCCGAUUUCUUUAGGUGAUCUAUUCGGUUUUGGCGAUUGACACUUGCUGCACGCCCACUGGUAUCUACACUUUACAUAGCCUUGUAGGCAUGUAUGAAUGAAAGCUGGCACGCACGAGUUUCGUUUUAGCCCUAUUUUUGCUUUUGUUUGUUUUUGAUUUGUUUUAGUUCGUUACGGCCUCAACAGUAAUAUGUACAGCUUCUCAGCAGAGUUCAGCUGCACAGCCUGCUAGUGGUAAUUGAUUUAAAACAUUUUAAAGGCGUUUUUUGUUUCGUUUUGCUAUCGGCUUGCGUGUGCACGAGCGCGUACGGUACAUGACUUGAGAAUUCGUGAACACUGCAUUGAUGCUCACUGCUAAAAUGCCGUUAUCGUCGUCGCAGUUCCCAUCAGUCGUGCACUUUAAUUUCUGCUCUGGGUUUCAAUAUCUGUACAAUGUGUGUAUCCACUGGGUAUUCUCAUUCAUGCACUGGCCCUUCACUGCUACAUAUAUAGUCAGUGUACCCAUGGUAACCAUGGCAACUGCUUACCUAGUACAUUUACAUGUACCGACUAUGUACCUAGCAGCUGGUAGAUAAUUAUGCAUCACGUGAUUGUCA